AGAUGACGGAAUUGCUGAUGCAGCAGCAUGAUGGUGGUGGCGGAGGCGGUCCGCCGCGACUUUGUCGGCGUGCGACGUUGUCGCAGUCCGGCGUGGCGCGCUACUCGGCUACGAGGAGCGACCGAGUGGCCUGGGGCUGUGCGAACUGAAGCAUAGCAAGAGCGACGACCUCGUGCUGCAGAGUGCUCCCUCGCAGCCGCCCGAGAUGCAUCACGGCAUCAGCGAUGUCGCCCUACAGAUACAGAAAGAAGCGUGCGUAGUCUACGAAGACGAUCUGGCCCCAAUGCCUUGCACCCUCCCUAUCUACUACAGCGACAGCGAGGCAUGUGCCAGUCCCACCCCCACCCCCGGGGCGGCGGCCCCCGCUACUCGCCGCCCUCCACACCCUCGUCGCCCGAGAUCACCGCCCCCCUGCCGCCUUUGCCGCCUCCGCCGACCGCGCUCAAAAUCACCGGCGGUGACUUCCAGACCGCCUCCGGUCGCCCGGCGUCGCGACCCGUCAGUCAGGCACUCUGCGACCGCCUCGAUCCCGAAGACAGUAUACGCGACAUCAUAUCCGAGAACGACUUUUAUCGAUUCGUACUUUUCAAACGACACUAUCAAAAAUAUUUGGAUAUUUCACAAAAGUACGAGGAGGCCAGGAACAUUGCUUACUACUUGGAGGAGAAAUAUCACGAAAUCAAGGCGGAACGGGACCGUCUUGCGAAGUCUCAGAAAGAGUUGCAGAAGCGACUGGAAACGCGUGACCAAGAAAUGAUUGACAAAGAAGAAGAGCUGUUUCUGCAACUCGAAAAAGCCGUUCGUCUCGAAGAGGAUUGUGAGAAGGUUAGUUUCAAUAAGAUUUACAAAUAUGUUGUGUACUUUUUGAAACUGCAGGCAGAUGAGUCGGAAGUGACGCGACGCCGUCUGGAGCGAGCCAGGCAUGACGUCGUGCGUCAAGUCACCGCCAUUGUUGCUGAGAAGGACUCACUCGAACGGGAGAACGAAAGGCUGAGGGAGGCUUUGAAAGAUGUUGAACAGAGAGGUUACAGACACAGCUAUCGACGAUACAACAUGAACGUACAGGGCUUGGAGAAGGAGGUGAGCAAUUUGAAGCUGGUUGCCAAGCAGAGUGCCACACUGAACAGCCAACUGAAGAAAGGAAUGAAACAUCUGGCCAUGUGCAGGCGAAGAAAGUGCUCGGUGUGUGCCUACACUAGGGCCACUUUCGGUGAAUAUGCUUCGUCAAGUGGCAACCGCGGCAAACUGUUCUCGUGCUUCCAAGCGCCGUUCGGCGAGAUGCGCAAACGCGGCGGCAGUCGCGUGGGAGGGGGCGCGACAUUCUACGACACUGAGGAGUCGCUGAGCGAUCGUCUGUCGCAACUGUCGCUGCCCACGGCUGGUGGCUCACCCUCCUCGCGGCCUUCCUCCCACUACCUGCCAUCGCCCCUCCUACCUCUCCAGCAUAUCUCCUACAUCGAUGAGGUGACGUCAUCAAGCGACGAGGAGGAAGAGGAAGAAGAGGAGGAGGAGUGUCGUUACGCCCCAACCGACGCGUCGACGACAUCCUCAGCGCCACACGCCUUCUCCUCGGACUCUGGCUUCUCGUCGGAGCUGUGCGAGAGUGCGGCUGCGGCCACACCGGGCGGCCACAACCGGUCGCUGCAGCGCGCCACCAAGUGGACAUCCUCUUUCCGCAAGCUCAUCCGCCGCGUCAGCAAGAAAACGCCCAACAGCUCUGCCUCGUCGUCUUCGCUGCCCAACGCCACAUGAUUCGAGACCACCCUGUAGAUACAGGAGCAAGUAAAACGUCGUGUAUUGUUUCAAAAACAUUAUAUGAGAUCAUUUCAUGGAUACAGGAGCUAAACAGUAUUAUCGAAUACUGUUGUGAAUCAUUUCAAAAAUACAUUCCUCGAUUUGUUUCAUUAUUCGAAACUCCCUGUAGAUACAGGAACAAAACUCCCUGUUGUGAAUUGUUUCAAAAACAUAUGACAUCACUCUGUAGAUACAGGAGCAAAACUGUUAAGAAAUGUUGAAUACUGUUUUGAAUUGUUUGAAAAACAUUCCUUGAUUGGUUACAUGAUACGAGACCAUCCUGUGGAUAUCUUAGCAAAACUGCUAAGUAAUAUCAGAAAAUAGCUAUACAUUGUUUAUCCUAUGGUAAUAUUGUAUAAUAUUGUGAAUUGUUUAAAAAACAUAAAUGAGCUACAAAACACUCUAUAGAUACAGGAGCAAAAAUGCUAACUAACAUUCAAUACAAAUGUGAAUUGUUUGAAAAACAUUCCUUGAUUUGUUACAUGAUUCCACACCAGCCUGUAGAUACAGGAACUAAACUUCUAAGUAGUGAUGAAUAACUGCUAAGUAACAUUCUAUACAGUUCUGAAUUGUUUGAAAAGCAUUCAUUGAUUUGUUGUUUCAUUAUCUGAGAUUUCUCUGUUGAUACAGGAGAAAAAUUUCUAUGUAAUAUUGAAUACUGUAGUGAAUUGUUUGAAAAACAUUCCUUGAUUUCUAGUUGCAUUGUUUGAAAACCUGUAGAUACAUGAGGAAAACUGAUAAGUAACAUUGAAUACUUAUUAUCUAAAUACUUUUUAGAUCUUGAUUAUUCUAUGAAAUAGAAACUUGUUUGGUGUUUAGAAUCAGUUUUAAUACAGCACUUUCACUUGAAUGAAAUAUUGAAUUGGUACAUGAAUCUGUUUAGUUACAGAAUCAAUCCUGAUAGAGUAUUUUCACUUGGAUAAACUUUUGAAAUAUCCUGUGAUUCUAAUUGUUUAGAUUCUGAUACUUGUUUAAAGAAUACAUUCUUUAGUGUUCGAAAUCAAUUCUAAGAGAGGAAAUACCAUUAAUAAACAUUCCAUUUAAUGAUUUUUCCAACUUAAUUUUCAAAUAACAUUACAAAUACUUGUUUAUGUUCAUUUCAUUGAUAUGAUGAAUUUCUAUUUGAAUGGAUUACUGCAAUAAUUAUUAUUUUCAUGAUUUACUCAUUUGCUUACUAUUUGUAUUAUUGAUGUUUUGGGUUUGUAUUUGGGAAUCACUUGGUCUGAUUGAUCAUUCCUUCUAAUAUUUUUUUUUGUUUCCUGUGAACUAUUUGAAACAAUUUUGUAUUAAAUUUGUCAUCUCUGUUGCACAAUGAAAAUUUAACUGGUUUGUUUAAACGACAACAUAGGGGUUCUCUGCUCGAACUUUCAAUGUGAAUUAGUUAUUGAUUAUUUCUUUUGAAAUAACUGUUUUUCCAUGAAAUCUCAUGGAUUAUUUCAUGAAUCUGAUCUAUACAUUCCUUUUAGAUGAAAACACUGUUUUCUUAUGAAUUAUUCCUCUGACUAAUAUUAUUGUCGAUAGAAAUUUUUUGGCUUGGAAAUUAUUGAAAAUAUAAUAUUUUAAUGAUUUAUUCCCUGAAAAUAUACGCAGUUUUAUGCUCGUUAAUUCGGUAAUGAGAAUUCAAUAAUAUUGAUGAAAAUAUAUUAAACUCUACAAAAUAUCUACUUAUUGCUCAUGAUAUAAUUAUUACAAAUUACAAACAUAAGUAAUCGUAUCUCAGAUACUAUUUCAACUAGAACCUAACUUAUAGUUGAAUAUUACUACAAACUUCAGAAUACAAGAAAAUUAAGAAAUGUCAGUACAAAAAAAAAUAAAUAUAUAUAGAAGGCUUAAACCAAAAUUUUAAACGCAAACAUUAAAAUGUAUUAUACUUUUUACAUUUCAAUCGAAUUAUUGUAGAUUCUACCAAUAAUUGAAAUUCGAGAAUAGACUACGAAAUAGACUUUUGAAUUCAAAAUGAUUAUUAAAAGAUUAAACACGUUUUAUGAUACCCGAGGGUUGAUCUUAAAUCAUAAAAGUCUUCCACCUGCUAGUGAAUUAAAUUAAUUAAACUAGUAUUUUCAAUCGACAGUUUUAAUAUCAAUUGAAUAAUUAUCAUGAAACAUGUCAAUAUAUAUUAUGACAUGCAUUAUAUUUACAAUAAUAAAUAUAUCAUCAACUGAAUUAUGAGUGAUUAGUAUAAGUAAAUGUAAAUUGUACAUCACCAUUACUCAAUUAUGCGAUCAUAAAUGUAUGAAACUGACAUAGUUAUAAACAAAAAUGUUUUAGUGCUAUUUGUUCCAGUUUGAAAGUCAAUAUUGUUGAUUACUCUUGAUUAUGUGCAUAAAUAAGAUCUAACAAUGAAUUAUUCACAAAAUGACUUCGAAACAUAGAUCAUACAUUUCAUGAAGACCUUUGACAUAGAUUUCUGUAUUGAAUCUAGUGUGGUCCAGUGAUAUGUGACCUGGGUUCGAGUCCUGGCUUGGUUUGGCAUUCCACUCUUAUUCCUUCAUAACAAAAAUAACGCUCAAAUCUCAUGAUAGCCGUGAAACAUCACCACUAAAUUUUAUAGGUAUCAUUAGUUGAAGAUUCAAAUCAUAAGCUAGUGAUUUUGAGCUUGCUUAUAAAUGCUAAAUGCCUUUUAGAGUGACAGACUGAAACAUGAAACGUUUUUACAUUAAGCCCAUGGAUCUUUCAUUUGUUGAACACCAGCAAGCGUACGACUGAAAAUGCUGAUUGCUUUACUACAAAUCGUGGGAAUAAAUUGUGAAACGUAUCGGCUAGGAUAAUAGAUGUUGUAUAACAUCUUACAACUUAUAUCUCUGGUCUUGUUAGCCAAUGUUGCCCCUGGGAUAAGAUGUCUUAUUUGUAUCAAGGCUAUUUGUUUCUCAUUCCUAUGAAUAUAAUCAUGAAGAUUAAUAAAUUCUUAAUUGUUGAGAACGGUAAGUAAUCUCAACUAUUGAAUAAGGAAGAGUAGAAAUCGGAGCCCACAUAACUCAAAUGAUAAACUAAAAGCUUCAAUGAUAAAUUUAUUCAAUAUCAUUCCAGAGUUAAAAUACGAGGAUAUUUUAAUCUAAUGUUUGCUUACAUUUUCUCUUUUACAACAUCAUACACUUGUCUCAAGUUUUGCCAAUUCCAGUUGCGUCUUAAGGCACUGGGUCCUUAAACCUUAAGGCUUUUUUGUUGAACAAAAUCUCAAGAAGGGUAAAGGCUAAAGGUUCAAGAAGGGCAAAUCAUUAAUAAUGAAUCAAAUGAGAUAUAAAAUUCUAUAAUAUUUAAAAAUAUUACACUAAAAUACUAUAGAUAACUACUUAAGUGGAAAAUAAAAGAUUAAAAUUCAAAUUUCACAAAAUAAAAAAGUUCGGAAUUACUGUUUUCAUGAUGGACAUAUCGUGUUGUUUGCUUAAUGUAGAGAUCCUCAUAGAAAUUUUAUAGAUGUCUUAGAUCAAUUUCCUUAUCUAAAAAAUAAGAAGGAUUAAACUCAAAUAUGUCAACUGUAAAUUCUCUAAUGUUAUAUCAAUUGAAGAUAGUAAUAUUACUUGAAAGUAAUAACUGCACAUGAGUAAUUUUAAAAGCAGAGAAGUCUCAAAGUUUUGAAUAAUUUUUGUAGGAGCCAGCAUAAAGGAAUGUUAUUUUCUUAAUCGUAAUUAAAUUUACUAAUAAUUAAUACAUUAUUUUUGGAUAUGAAAAAUACAAACAGUUACAAUAGUAUCAUCUAAGGAUCAUUUUGAUCUAGGAAAUAAUACUAGGGUAAAAACAUUCAUUCCAAUCACCUUUUGUAACUAGCGGAUUUAUUGAUACUAGUUGAAAGUGAAGCCAGGGUCUGAAUUAUCCUGUGCAAAAGUAGCCUACUAUAGAUUCGUCAAACGUUAGUGGCUUAACAAUUUAUUACUGGUAUUAUAAAUCUACAAGAAAUAUUUUGAAAAUAUCAACGAAAAUAAUGUUACAUCCCUUUCAAAUGAUAAUGACAAGUAUCUAAUAGAUAUAAAUAUAAAACCUAGAUAUACCAAACUUAGGUAGUUUAUAAUCAUAUCAUAAUAAAUCGAAUUAUUCAAAUAGUAAAAUAUUUGAAUGAAUUGUAAAAACAUUUCACUACCCCAUUAAAAGUAAUAAAUACUACAAACAGAAAAUUGGUUUGGACUUCUUUUAUUGUUUUAUUGACUGCAAACUGCAAUACACGCUAACAUGCAAUAAACAAGACUAGAGUAUAUACAUCUAAAAUUACUCGAAAUAAAAUGAAAAAUAUGCUAAAAAUGAUAGAAAUAACGAAUCUUUGAUAUAAAUAAAACUUAUUAUUUCUGUGUAUGAAAAAUAAACACAAAUUUUAAGUAUCAAUUUCUCUUUAAUGCUAUCAAGUAAGUAAAUAGAGAACAGUGUUACGAGUAUAUAGUAUCAUGUAACUCAAGAUUAACUCAAAUUCCUAAAAUAAUAAUCUAAUGUUAAAUACUUACAUAAUCUACUCAGAUACUAUAUUCGUAUUCAAAGUUCUCCACUUUCAUUGAUACCAUUUAUUUGAACUAUUGUUGAAUGAAAUGAAGGCUAGCACUCAAGUUUCAACUCAUGCUUGCGUGCUUGCCUAUACUUUUGACAUUUUGCUUCUCUAAAAUGUUUGUUUUAAAUGUUAUUUCCGUAGUAUUAAAAGUUACAGUAUUCGAUGAAAUGGGUUUCUGUAAUUGGUGUGUUUUGAGCAUUUAUGAAUGAGCAUAAUAAUGAUUUUGUAUCCUUGUAAAUGUGUGUAAAAAUGUAGGUACUAAUUUUGGGACUACUCUGUUUCUAUCAGAUAUGGUGUUGUAUCUAUUUCAAUUUUUGUAAAUUUUGUAAAUACACUCAUUGUUGUGGAUAAUGUACUUAUUAAAAUAUUAGUUCAUGUUUACUUUGAAAUUCAUGAAAUGUGCCAAGUAAUGUUCCAUGCUCAGUGUUAUAUUUAUCCUAAUGAUUGCCAUUAUACCUGAGUAGUUUUUCAUUUAUAUCAAAAUUGUAUUUUCCUUUCUACUUGGAACCGGUUUUAUAUCAACCUAUUCAAUAUAUGUAGAUACGUACAUAUUUAGAAGGUUUUAUCACGUGUUAAAAUUUAUUUUGGGACCAUAAAUUUAACUUAUCUUGGAGUAGUGAAAAGCUUUAAAAAUAUUAACGUAAAGUGACGGGGUUUUUAACUGUAUGUGUCUAUUGAAUGUUAUAAAGGAUAAGAAAGGAUGUGUUGUCGUAUAAUACUCAUUAGUCUUCUAAUUUAUAAAAAUCGACUAUUGAUAGUAUUGAUUCUGUGAAUUAUUAUGAUUUUCAUGAUAGAAAUCUAGAUGAAGUUAUGUUUUUGAACCUCCCAAUAAAUAAUUUGAAAUUUUCUUUUCAGUUAUGAAAAUUAAUUUAUUCGUGAAAGUAUAAAUUAUCAACUUUUGUGAUUCUGUCAGUGUGAUGAUUUGUUGUAGCAUACUUCAUUCAACUCAGAAAAUGAACGAACUCAAGAAAAAUAUAAUAUUUGAAGGAGUAACAGGGUGAUUGAUUGUAUUCGAGGAUAUGAUUAUAGGUACCUACGUAAUUUGAUUGUAACAAUCAAGCUAGUGUAAGAUAUGUAAAGCCACAAAAUUAUUCCUAUCAAAUUCCGUUAUUCAUCACAAAUUAUAAUAUAACUGUACAAAAUUAAUGUAUUUUGAAGCAUAAAAAUAUACGAAGUAAUGUAUACAUGUAUGAACUAUACUUGAUUUAUACUUUCAUUUCAGAAGCUGUUCACAAUAUUACUCAUUAUUCAUGAACUAUCAAACGCCUAAUUCUAUUUACAGCUUCCAAUAUGAUUUUUAACUCUAAACUUCCUAUUAUUGUUAUUGUUAAUUGUUGCUCAAAUUCUAAAACUCUGUUACUAAAUUCAUUUUUGUUAAACUUGUUUAAUUCUUCUUUUUUUUUGAUUCUUGAUUGCAUUCAGAACUAACUAAAACUAAGAAGCUAAGAACUAUCGUUCAUCAAUAAAAUAUUGUUUAAAUUCGAGUAUUUAAUGUUUUUUUACAUAAUUUUUUCAACUUCGACGAAUCAAGAGCUCAUUGUCUCUGAUUCUCUCAAUUUUGUUGAGAGAUUCAGAAGUUUAUUAUUUCGUGAGAAGUUUUCCAAAUUACAGAUUUGAUCUAGUGCUACUAAGAAGGAUUCGUUUCACCAUAAACGGCUCAUAAAUUGAUGAGCUGUUUUGUGGUUAUGAAAGUAGUUUAUGAUAUUAUAAUGCACAGUAUUUGAUGUCCGUGGUGUACCAGUGUGUUGAAGAUUUCAAUUUCACAAAUCUUUAUUAUUGGUCUCCUGUAAUCAAUUUCUAAUUUGUUCCAAUCCAAAAAUUUUUUAUCACUUAUUAAAUCUCCAACAUAUUUUUCCCCCAAAUUAACCCGUCCACUAUUAUUAUUUUAUAAUGUACUGUUUCCUUUCACUUCCUUGUUUAACUUACUUUGUUAUUCAGCCCAUUCCUUGUAAUUAAACUAGUUUAUGGUCUUGGGUUUGUAUGUAUAUAUAUUAUCUUUUUUAUUGUAGACUAUUUCCGAUAAAUUGUUUCGGUAAAAUAAUACUAAUUCCACAGUCUAAAAACUAUCAAAUUGAAUUUUGAAACUAUAAAUAAUAUGUUCUAGACUGAUUUACUUAAGAUGAUGCAGUGUAGAAAAACGUUUUAUUGUAAGUAUUGAACAAAUCAAAUUGUGCUAUAAUUAGUUCCUUAUUAAAUAAAUAAUUAGAACAAAUUUAAUUUCCAAUGUUUAUAAGGAAACAGAUUUAAAUAGUGUUAUUCACAUUGUUAACAUGAAAAAUUCCAUACACUAUUGUAUUGUAUAGAUGUAGAGUAUUAUUAACUAGUUAAUAAAAUGUAUUGAUUGGA